AUGGAGCCGUCGUACGAGCGCCCCGAAUCCGACAAGGACUCGAUCGCCGACAAGAAGUCGUUGGACAAGCAGGACAAAGAUGUCGGUGCCGUUGAGCUCAAGCCCGUCGGCAGCUGCGUGGUUGGCCAGACCACCGAGUACACCGAGGCCGACUACAAGAAGCUGACGAAGAAAAUUGAUUGGUACUUGAUUCCAAUCAUGUUUUUCAUGUACGGUAUCCAGCAAACCGACAAAACAUCUAUCAGUAUCCAGGCUCUUUUUGGCAUGGAAGAUGAUCUUCGAUUUGAAGGGCAACAAUACCAAUGGCUUACAACAAUCUUUUACCUAACAUACAUGAUUGGCGAGUUCCCGUCGACAUGGUUGAUGCAGCGGUUCAAGAUUGGUCGCAUUAUAACCAUUUACAUUGUCGGGUGGUCAAUCUGUCUUCUUUGCAUCAGCGCUUGUAACAGCUGGUCCCAAAUGAUGGCACUACGAGCGCUACAGGGCUUUUUCGAGUCCAACGUGUCGCCUGGUUUCCUCUUGAUCACCGGCGCAUACUAUCGCACAACCGAGCACGCGCACCGGUCUCUCUUCUGGCAGUCCUCUCAGGGCUUCUUCAGCAUUGUAUGCAACCUCAUCUUGUACGGCAUUGCACGAUAUGUUACGGGUAGAGACGGCAUCGCGGCCUGGAGAUGCAUUUCUCUCUUCCUGGGCGGCUUAACCCUUGCCGGCGCCAUUGUUUGCUACUUUAUCCUGGGAUCGCCACAGGAAGUCGGAUGGUUAAGCCAGGAAGAAAAGAAGAUGGCGGUCGCGCGAGUCAUGGAAAACCAACUGGGUGAAGAGUCGACGAGUGGCAAGUGGAAAUGGGAUCAAGUCUGGGAAUGCUUCCGGGAUCCUCAGGUCUACUUUGGGUUCAUCAACACCUUUUUGUCGUGCAUUCCAAAUGGAGGAAUCACGGCAUUCAGCAACCUGCUCUACGUCACCUUUGGCUUUGAUUCUUGGCAGUCCAUGCUUUACAGUCUGCCGCGCAGUGCUGUUUACAUCAUCUUGUUCAUUUCCUGUGCAUACUAUCUUCAGGCGUACCAAAACCAGCGCAUGUACAUCAUGAUGCUUUCAUGCAUCAUAUCUUUUGUCGGUUUGCUCGUCAUGUCGCUGCUGCCAAAUACUGCGGAGUACAAGUGGGUCAAAUGGGGCAUGUUCCUCAUGACCACAGUUUUCUCCUUUGCCAUAUUCCUCGGCUGGAGUCUGAUCACAUCAAACGUUGGUGGAACGACCAAGAGAACCGUCGUGUCAUCCUUGACUCUCAUCUCAUACUGCGUGGCCAACAUGAUUGGAGCACAAAUCUUCCGAACAAAGGACGCUCCUCGUUAUGUGGCGGGUACGGCAACUUGCUGCGCGUGCUUUGGACUCGAGGUCUUUGUCAUUAUCCUCUGGAGGCUUUGGUAUGUGCGCGAAAACAAACGCCGAGACCGACUUGCUGCCGAGAACAAUUUGAGUAAGGAGGAUCAAGAACGCGAGGGACAAAUGCUGGGAGACCAGGAUGUGACUGACCUCAGAAACCCCCACUUCCGAUAUACCAAAAACUGGAUUUUCUGCCGGCUAUGA